CUAACUAACACUUAAUCUAAAUCAAUCAAUCAAUCAAUCUAAAUCAAUUCAAUGGCCCUUUCCAUUAGACUUGUAAAUCCGUCGCCCGAGUUGGAAAGUGUAAAUUACCCAGCUUUCUUGCGGCCCCUUUAGGUCGUAAUAUCAGCCGUCCGACUCGGGGCUCCUCAGAGUACUCCGAGCUGAACCAGAAAGAACGUAUGACUCGCACACCAAAGAUGGCUGCGCCCACAUUUCAUGUCUUCCUCAGCCAAACCAUGGUAGCUUUCAUAGACAAGGACAGGACCGUGCCUUACUGGGACAACCUCUAUCAGCAUGACAACACCUACUUUGUAGAUGAGGGCCUCAUGGUGCCAGCUGUCCUACACCUGACAGAUUGUACAUGCACGGAUAUCUGCAAUGUCCAGGAUGCACCACUUUCCACUGCACCACUUCCCAUUGCAGCACUUCCCAUGAACGAGGGCUUCAGCAAAGACCAGACCCUGUUCCUCAUCCACCAGAUGGGGAUCCAUCUGGAGGUAGAAGGUGAGGGACCGGCAAAGUCCCUCAACGACCUCAACCGGCGUCUGAGAUUUGGGAAAAAGACCAAGUGGCUGCUGUGGGAAGCUAGAGCUGCAGUCCGGGCAGCAGUUCCAGCAGGAGAAGGUCCUCUCAGCCAGGCGCACUCCAGAAGGUGGCCCGGAAGUGGUGACGCUGGUGGAGGCCUACAAGAAAUGCAAAGACAACAACACGUCAACUGGAAGGGGGCCUGUCCAUUUCAAGUUUUACGGGGAGAUGGACCAGCUGCUUGGGGGCAACCAUGAUGUGGACCCACCUGUUGUGGGGACCGAUGGUUGUGGUGUCGAUGUACGCAGGCUGUUGGCCUACCUCGAGAGGUCUGAUGCUGCGGCCAUGGCUGCUGCGCAGAGGCGCCAUGAAGAGACCCUGGCGGUGUUGAGGAUGGAGAUGAGGGCGAAGAGGGAAGAUGGAAGUGCUCUUAUCCAGUUGUUCAGCAGGAUGGUGGAGAAGCGGGCACAAUUGCAAAAUA